AUGGCUUCCAAUUGUGACGUGCAGGAGCGUACGAGCAGUGUUAAAAAACAAAAAAUCGAAUGUAGUUCCUCUGGCACGUUAGAAAAUAACAUUAAAAUGGAUGUAAAUUUAUUUUCAGAUAAAUUUUCAACUUCUUCGGAAAUUUUAAAAGAAAGUGUUCAAGAAAACAGAAUCGCACCAUUAAGUACGGAACAAGUAUUAAAUGGUGGAGAUUCUGGUUUUAGUGAAAUUGAAAUGACUUCUUCGACAGAGGUUUUAUCUGAAAAUGCUAGAUUACAGUCAUUUGAAAAUGACAUUCAAUCUCCAGUUCCAGGUUCAUCAACUUUCGAUUCAAGUAUGGAAAUACGAGAUGAAUUAAAUGACAACGAUGACAUUUCAUCAACAAUAUCUGACCUCUCCGGUAUAUCCGAUUUGAGUGGGCAAGAUUGGAAGCCGACUUCUGGGCCAAUGUCUUGGAUUCAUCAUCAAAUGGCAAAUGGUGCUGAUCCGAGAGAUUUAUUAUUUCAAUUAGUGCAAGAUAAAGCAGCUAUUGCUGCUCUUCCAUCUGGAAAAGAUGAUUUUACUUUGUGGAAGAUUAUUAUAAGUAUGCUAAGUGAGCCUCCGAGAAGAAAAAAAUUAUCGACAAUUAACACGCUAGAGGAUGCUGUUAAUCUGAUAAAAACAAGUCAAAAUAUAAUGGUUUUAACUGGGGCAGGAGUUUCAGUUUCGUGUGGAAUUCCUGAUUUCAGAUCCAGAAAUGGAAUUUAUUCCAGGCUAGCUGUCGAUUUCCCCGAUCUUCCAGAUCCCCAAGCCAUGUUCGACAUACAAUAUUUCAAUAAAGAUCCAAGGCCAUUUUUUAAAUUUGCUCGGGAUAUUUAUCCAGGGCAAUUCAAACCAUCACCAUGUCAUAGAUUUAUUCGCGCUUUGGAACAAAAAGGAAAACUUUUAAGGAAUUAUACGCAAAAUAUUGACACACUUGAACAAGUCGCUGGUAUCGAAAAAGUCAUACAGUGUCACGGUUCCUUUGCAACAGCAUCAUGCACAAGAUGCAAAAGAAAAGUUCAAGCAGACGAUAUACGAGAAGAUGUUUUCGCUCAAAAAAUUCCUAUAUGUGUAACGUGCGAGCAAGACAAUUUGCCAGGCCUGAAUACUCAGGAUAAAUUAGAUUAUAGAGAUCUAGUAUGUAGAGGAAUUAUGAAACCGGAUAUAACUUUUUUUGGCGAAGGUCUUCCAGAAGAUUUUCAUGAAGCCAUGGCUGGAGACAAAGACAAAUGCGAUUUGUUAAUUGUGAUAGGCUCUUCUUUAAAAGUUAGGCCAGUUGCUCUUAUUCCUAGUUCUAUACCGGCGUCAGUUCCACAAAUUCUUAUUAAUCUAGAACCUUUGCCACAUUUAAAUUUCGAUGUGGAAUUGUUGGGAGAAAGUGAUGUGAUAGUUGAUCACAUUUGUCGGCUGCUCGGUGAGGAAUGGGAAGAACUUUGUUGGAGAGAUGGCAAAUUAGUAGAAGCCACAGAACUUCUUCCCGUUUCGACAGAUGAAUCAAAUAAUUUUAAGUUAGACUCUGAAGCGGAAAAUCUUACAAGUCAAAUUAAUUCUCAAACGGAAAUAUUUGUCGGAAAAGUAUCGAAUCAAAGAUGCGGGCACACGGUUCAAGAAUCAAAAACAGACUGUAAUGAAAAUUGUCGAAAAAGAAGUCUAGGGACUUCCGAUUGUCCCGGAAAUGAUUCUAAAAGACAGAAACUCACAGAGGAAAAAACAAAUGUUAUAACACAAAGUUUAAGGGAUGUUCGGGUUUAA